AUGUUGUUAUCACACCGCCAUUGCAACAUGUAACCACAAUAAAAUUCAUUGUACAAAAUACACUGUGUGAAGGUGAUGUGAUUAAACAUGUGCAUACGGAAAUUAGUUAAUAUGAACACGGUUAUUGUGUUUCUCGUUUUUGCGUUUAAACUGGUUAACGGCCAGUUUGGCAGUAUUUCUAUUAGUGUAGGAGGUCGGCAAAACAUGGACGAAGAUCCAGCAAGCCUGGUAUGUCCACCAAAUACCACUUGCGUACCGAUGAGUGCUUGUCCAUUGUUAGAAGAUUUACUCGAUUUCUCGUGUUUCUCAUCAGAUAGGUACUUUCAUCGCCUCAACGAGUUGACAUGCGGCAGUUCAAAUGAAGAGGACUUCGUAUGCUGUCCAUCGUGCGACUGCGGCAGGGUUUACCAGCGCGGGACCCCUGAGUGUGGGCAGAGCAUGGUCCGUGGUAUAGACUAUAAUGGUAUGGGGACACAUCCGUGGGUCGCCAGAGUCGGGUUUACCAAAACAUCAUUCUCGAGUACGGACAAAGAUAAGGAAACUUUGCGGUUCGCCUGCAGUGGUUCUAUCAUAGCGAAGAGAAUCGUUUUAACAGCUGCCCAUUGCGCCCUGGCUAAACCUGAAGGAUACAAGUUGUCAUCUGUAGUAGUAGGCGAAUGGGACACCGACAGAAGUACGGAUUGCAAUGACUAUUUCUGCGCUCCUAAAGCUCAGAUGAUUAAAGUUGAGAGCGUUUCUGUGCACCCGGGCUAUGAGCAGAAGAUAUUCCGGCAUGAUAUAGCUCUCAUUAUAUUGAAGGAUGAAAUCAAAUAUUCAGUGACAGCCGCGCCAAUUUGUCUGAACGAUAAACCGGAAAUCGUCAUCAACGAGCGAGCCAUGCUCGUUGGAUGGGGGAAAUUAUCCGGACAGAGCAGCUCGGUAAGCCGGCAGCAGCAGCUGGAAGUGCCGCUGGUGGCGUUGGAGACGUGUGAGCGCAUUUUCGGCGAGUCGGUGCCGAUCCACGAGGGGCAGGUGUGCGCGGGCGGGGAGGCGGGCCGCGACGCCUGCUCCGGCUUCGGCGGCGCGCCGCUAAUACUCAAGCGGGACGGACAUUUUGUACAAAUUGGUAUAGUCUCAUUCGGUUCAGAAAACUGCGGCAGCGAAGGCGUCCCGAGCGUUUACACAAACAUUGCACAUUACUACAGAUGGAUUAUAGAUAAUUCACCAUCUUAAAACAAUUAUGAUGCUUAUAAAUGGGAAUAUUUCGAAAAUUUGGGGAGGGGGGGAUUUUUGGAUGGUUAAAUAUUAAUAAAAAAAAUUAUUUCAGCUACUGUCCCAUUUAGCACCUUUACUCUUUGUUCCAACAAUUAGCUAAUAUAGAGUUAACGUUAAGCAAUAUUUAAGGGCCAUAAUAAAAAGUGAUAAAUUAUUAA